AUGGCACCCGAAGCUAUUCCCCUCCGAACUUUGACCACCCUCCUCAACUACGAACGUCUAGUCAGCGAUCCCCGCUACAAACGCACCAGUCUCCACAGCAGCACCAUCUCAGACCAAACCAUACUUCCUCAUCUGGAAGGAAACGCGCUUAUCAAAAAGCGUCCCGCAAGCAUUCAAAAAAUCAACGUUCACACUUUCCAUCACGAUGCUUCUACUCCUGAUUCUACUCAAGAUCUAGCUCUAGAAACUUCCACCACUCAAGCGACAUGCACCAUCCACCCUUCAUGCGAUGUAGCAACCCGCUCCCUUUCCUCCACUCAACUCGAAAACAUCUUCUACGAAUCUCGAAGCCAUGACGGCUGCUACAAAGCGCUAAUCCUCUUUCAAGAAUUUUUCGCCUUCUUUCUCGUCAACCCUUUUCCACGCUCCAUCAUAGAAUUCAAAGUGACCGGUCCCAAACUCAUGAGUGUCCAAUCUUUAAAGUUGAGAAAUGGGGGUGCGACAUAUAUCACCGGAGGAGAAAACGAGGGAUUUCAUUCUAUCCUUGGAUUUCCUAAACCGGGAACGAGUGUAGGUCAGAUAGUAAACUUCGAUGAGUUUUUCGUGGUAGAUAUGACGCGUAUGCAAUGGGGCAAGCUAGGUAUAUUCGGCGAACCUUACUUUCUCGGCAAGGGAGGAGAUUGGCAGGAUGCUAUGGAUACCAUCUGUGAUGAUAUGAAGGAAUUGGGAAUCGGAGCAUCAUGGAUCGCGGAGAAUCAGCAUACAGAAUUGAUGAGAAAAUGCGCAAAGAAGGCGUGGGAUCGCUGGAACGAUCGAGAAAACGCAGGCUGGUGUGAUUACUGUGGCGUGGGAGGAAAGUUGAGUGCAUGUGCUGAGUCCUACCUUCCUAUCGAACUUAAUUCGAGAUCACAAGCCGAACCUUUUGUCGAACCUCAGAAUAGUGCUUCAGCUGGUCACCUAACUUUACCAAAACCCGGUAAAGUUACAAGUGAUUCGAUUAUUCCUUUUGAUAUACAUAAAGGACCAGCUUUAUUUCAAUCUGGGAAUGUACAAAUCCCAUAUAUACCUUUAUCAGCAUUAGAACCAGACUCUAGAAUUCCACCAGUUAACACUCCUACAGGAUCAUCUGAUGAUAAUAAUGAUCCGGAUAAUGAUGAUAAUUGGGAUAGCGGUUAA